CCCAUUUCAUCCCACCCCCGGUCCGGUCUUAUCCGCCCAGGCCAGUCGCAGGCCCAGCAAGUCAAGUAAGUAGGACCAGGAUCAACGAGGGCGGCGGGAAUGGGGCCGCCCGGUAGGUGAUGAUUAUCCAUCGGCCAUGUCACGAGCGGUCUGGCGAUGAGGAUCGGCAAACUUUGCUACGCGCUGUCUCUCCACUUGCAGGCGCUUGGAGGAGGGGGGGGGGGGGGGUCCUCCGUUCGGAGGAGAGAGGGGAAGGGGAAGAGGGGGAAAAUAAUAAUCAUCGUGGACAAUCGGGAUACUAAUCAUGGCACAAUGCAUCACAUCACCGAUGGCAGUCGAUCGGUCGUAUUCCCAUCAAGCUUUGCCGUCCGUAUGGCGAGACAUCCGGAGGAUAUGUCCAUGUCGCGGUGCCAGCCAUGUUUCACUUGAGAAAGAUGGAUGAGCUGGCCUGAGAUCGGCCUGGUAGGCCUGACCUGGCCUGACUGACUGGCUG